AUGACCGUCUUCGUCUGCUCCCUCUUCCUCCCCAAGACGAUCCAGUUCAACCUGCCUGGCACGCCCCCACGCCGCAGGAGCGAGAUUGGACGCUCUCGUGCCAGGACGAUCCCGCCGCCGACUCGAAACAACAGGACGGCGGAAACGCCGGCCGCCGAGACGCAGCCCAGCCUCUUCGCGCCCCAGGCCGACCUCACGCCGCCGCACACACCUGACAACGACGAGUCUCCCGACCCCUUUGCCAACGAGGAUGGCUUCCGCAUCCAAUUUCCCCACGACCUGGGCUCCUCGAGUGACCCGACAAAUAGGAAUUGGGGCUCCCGCGUGAACCAGCCGCGCUCCCGCGCCAACUCGCCACCGCGUGCCGACCUCUUUGAGCACAAUCAUACGCUGCAAAAAGCCCGCGAGCUUGGCCGCCGGGGCGUCGUUCAGCCCAGGCCGCUGAUGCGGAGCGACAGCGCCGAUAGGGUCUUCGCCUCAGCCUCGUGGACCGUCGUCGACGCCGAUCAGGGCAAUGGUGGUCUUCGGAACGCCGCCGAGGCCGCGGCCCGCGAUGACGCCCUGAGCGACUACACCUGGGUUGGCACACUCGGCAUGCCCACCGACGCCCUCGAGGGCACCCAGCAGAAGCAAGACAUCGAGGACACCUUGGCCACUGAGCACGACAUGCUAACCGUGUUCUGCUCCGACAAGGACUUUGACGGUCACUACACGCACUUUUGCAAGCAGAUUCUGUGGCCCGUCUUCCAUUAUCAAAUCCCCGACAAUCCCAAGAGCAAGGCCUACGAGGACCACUCGUGGAAAUUUUACGUCAACGUAAACCGCCGCUUUGCCGACAAGAUCAUUGCCAACUGGAAGCGCGACGACGUCAUCUGGAUCCACGACUACCACCUUCUGCUUGUCCCUCGCAUGGUGCGCGAAAAGCUGCCCGAGGCCAAGAUUGGCUUCUUUCUGCACGUCGCCUUUCCUUCAUCUGAGGUCUUUCGCUGUCUCGCAGUCAGGAGGGAGUUGCUCGAGGGAAUGCUGGGCGCCAAUCUCAUCGGCUUCCAGAUCCACGAGUACACACGUCACUUCCUGCAGACGUGCAGCCGCAUUUUGACCGUCGAGGCCACGCCUGAGGGCAUCCAGCUUGAGGACCGCUUCGUGGACGUCAUGAACCUCCCCAUCGGUAUCGACCCCGUCAGUCUUGACAAGCACCGCGGCGAGGCUGAGGUUAUGGAAUGGCUUCAGACGCUGCAGGAGCGGUACAAGGACAAGAGACUCAUUGUCGCGCGGGACAAGCUGGACCACGUCCGCGGUGUGCGCCAAAAGCUGCUCUCGUACGAGUUGUUCCUGAACGCAAAUCCCGAAUGGCGCGAAAACACCGUCCUCAUCCAGGUUGCGCUGUCAUCCAGUGAGAGAACGGACCUGGACGCGACUGUCUCGGACAUUGUGACGCGCGUCAACUCGUCGUGGGCCAACUUGGCGUAUCAGCCCGUGGUCUAUCUCAAGCAGGAUAUUGACUACCCACAGUACCUGGCGCUUCUCACCAUCGCCGACGCCCUGAUGAUCACCAGUCAGCGCGAGGGCAUGAAUCUCACGUCGCACGAAUACAUCUUUUGCCAGGAUGGUAAGAUCUAUCCGCAUCAGAAGCAUGGCUCCCUUAUCCUGUCCGAGUUCACGGGUACCUCGUCCCUCUUCAACGGAAACGAGCUGUCCGUCAACCCGUGGAGCUACCGACAAUGCGCCCUCGCCAUCAAAGAGGCUCUCGAGAUGGGAGAAGAAGAAAAGACGCGCCGCUGGAAGGGCUUGUACGAGGCGGUUGCGAGCCACACUGGCUCCCACUGGUUUGGUGAGCUCCUGCGCCGCCUGGACGAGGCGUACGAGGCGCAGCACAAGCGAGAUCAGACCUCAGUGCCUCGCCUGUCGAUGCACCGGCUCGCGGCUCAGUACGAAAAGUCUGACCGCCGGUUGUUCCUGCUCGACUACGAAGGCACGCUGGUGAGCUGGGGCCCGGUCAAUCAGAUCAUCCCAGUCAGCCCGCAACGAACGCUCGACGUGCUCAACGACCUGCUCCUGGACGACCGAAACAUCGUCUACGUCAUGUCUGGUCGCAGGCCCGAGGAGCUUGCCGGUGUGUUCCGCAUGGUGCCCAACCUAGGCCUCAUUGCCGAGAAUGGGUGCUUCAUCCGCGACUGUGGCUCCGAACAGUGGAUUGAGAUGACAGACAGCAAGCACAUUGAGGAAUGGAAGGCCUCGGUCAAGCCUCUGAUGACGUACUUUUUGGAGCGCACCCCGGGUACCGAGAUCGAGGAGCGGCACUGCAGUCUCAUCUUCCACUACGACGCGGCCGAGGACCCGAGCAACGCGGGUUGGCAGGCGGCAGCAUGCGCCAGCCACGUCAACGACGCGUGCGAGUCUCAGCAUGUGCACGCGCUGACCAUGGACAAGUCUGUCAUUGUCGAGUCCACCGACUACAAUAAGGGAACGGCUGCGCAGAGGGUCUUUGAGCACCUCAAGGCCAAGCACGGCUCGGGCUCUGACACCAGCGCCGUCGACUUUUUGAUGGUGGUGGGCGAUGGCCGCGAGGACGAAAAGGUGUUCAAGUGGGCCAAUAAGCUGCAGCGGUGCGGCGCGGUUGCCAAUGUAUCGACGGUGAGCAUCGGGAAGCGCAAUACCGAGGCGGAGACGACCUUGACGCAGGGUGUCAGCGGUGUCCUCAACUGUUUGCAGCGGUUGGCGUCCAUCUCGGAAUAG